AUGUCUUGGUGUGAGGGUAAACAAAGGGGUCAGAGGACAGCCGCUGUGGUUUACGCUCUGCUCAUUCCCAAAUUGGACUUCGGCCCAAGUUCUGCAGGGUUUUUGUUCAAACUUAUCAAAGCUGUGAUUGGUCAGAUGAACACUGACGUCUUUGAGAAUCGGAUUUCCAAUAAGUGUAAAGAUGCCGCUAAGCCCGAGGAGAAGAAGGAAGAAGUAAACACAGUCUCGGGGAAAGUGGACGGUGAAAAGCCGGAGAAGAAACCCAAAAAGAGCAAGAAAAGUGCCAAAGAGGAGGAAGAGCAGGAGGAGGAGGAGGAAGAGGAGGAGGCGCCCAGGAAAAAGAAAAAAGACAGAGCCGAAAAAGAUGCGGACGACAAACCCAAAAAAGGCGGAGCCAAAAAAAAGUGA